AUGCUCGUGGAGCGACAAUCUGGAUCAAGCUACGAGGCAAACCCAAACAUCGGACCCGGUGGAAGUCAGUUCAAGGACUCGAACCAUUUCCGCGUCUAUGGCAACAGUGGCCAAGCCGACAAGGCCCUCUCUAUGCUCGAGGCUGCCUAUGACUGCUUCGUCGGUACCCUGGGCUUCCGAACCUCUGGACUCUCAUUCAACGACGCUUCCAACAAUGGAAAGAAGACCAAGACCAAUGUUUACUCGGUUGCCAGUCUGCCUGGAGCAGCUGGAGUCAUGCACUCCGAUUUCUCAACUGGUAUGGGCUGGCUCGAGGUCCAGAACUCGUACCUCACUGCAUCCGGCGUGACGGUCCACGAGUACGGUCACGUUUUGCACUAUCAUCAGAAGACUUGGGUCGAUCAGGGCCGGACAGGAGCUUGGUGGGAGACUUUUGCUAACUGGGUCGCCGACACUUAUCGCACUUCUGAUCUUUGCGCCUCUGCUCGUCGGGCCCAUGGACAGGCCACUGAGAACACUGAGAUUGAGCUGCACAAGACCAUCGGCGAUUCUUUCCAGCCCAUCGUUGACGGUUCAGUCGACACUGGAAACUAUUACCAGGCCUGGCCCUUCUUCACUUACUUGACCAACAACCCUGACAAGUACGCCAAGCUGGGUACUGAUACCCUUCACCAAAUGAUGGUCCAGUACAAGGCCAACAGCAACGAGACGCCUCUCCACACCCUGCAGCGUGUGGCUGGCAGCACCACUGUUGCACAGAUCGUGGGUAGCUACUGGGCUCGCAUGGCCUAUGUUGACAUUGGUCACGCCUCUGCCCACCAGACCUUCCUUGACCAACGUCGAUCCCUCAACUACGCCAACGUCGAUUCCAACGGCAACGGUAAAUAUACCGUCAAGUCUGCCCGUCGACCUCAGUACAUGGGCGCCAACAUCAUCCCUCUCAAGACCUCGAGCACCAGCGUCAAGGUUCAGAUCACCGCCAACGGCGCCUACACUGCUACUCUUGCCCUCUUCCGCAACGGAGCUACCCGCUACGUCAAGGUCGACGGCUCUGCUACUGUCACUGUUGCCUCUGGUGAGGAGGUUAGCCUUGUUGUUGCCAACACCCCUAGCCUUAUCCUCUUCGACCCUUUCAACCUAUCCGCUGAGGCUAAGAAGGGUCUUGACUACUCUUUCACUCUUACUGGAGCUACUGUUGCUUGA